AUGUACAUCGCUUGCGAAAAAUGGAGAGAAGAAUUCGGCACAAAUACGAUUCUCGAGGAUUUCGUCUAUGAAGAAAAGCCCCAAGUGGCCAAAUACUACCCUCAAUACUAUCAUAAGACUGAUAAGGAUGGACGUCCUGUCUACAUCGAACAGUUGGGUGCUGUCAAGAUCUCGGAAAUGUACAAAAUCACGAGUCAAGAAAGAAUGCUUAAGAACCUUGUUUGGGAGUAUGAGGCUUUUGUUAGAUACAGACUUCCCGCCACAUCUCGUCAAAGAGGAUAUUUGGUCGAGACUUCGUGUACCAUUUUAGACUUGAAGGGAUGCUCUUUGAGCACAGCUUCUUCAGUUUACUCUUACUUACGUGAAGCGUCUGCCAUUGGCCAAAACUAUUAUCCUGAAAGAAUGGGUAAAUUCUACCUUUUAAAUGCUCCCUUUGGGUUUGCUACAGUGUUCAGCAUGAUCAAGGGAUUUUUAGAUCCUGUUACUGUUGAGAAGAUCCAUAUUCUCGGUUCAAAGUACCAAUCUGAACUUCUUUCUCAGAUUCCUGCUGAGAACUUACCUGCUAAGUUUGGUGGUAAGUCCGUUAGUGCUGGUAGUGUGGAGCUAGCUGAUGAUGGCCCUUGGCGUGAUAUGCAAUUUGUUGGACCCGAGGGUUUGGCUCCUAAGUCGUCAGUAAGUGUCCUCUCCUCCAUUGCCGGUACUCCUUCGCCAUCUUCUGCUGCAAGUUCUCGUCCCCCCAGUAGAGCUGCUUCUAUCUCAUCCAAGCGUUCUCAAAAGCUUCAACCCCAGUAA